AUGGCCCUCGUUGCGGCUAUGGAAAACGAAGAGAAGCUCGACAACCUGAUGAGUAAAUCGAGGGGUGUAGCGCGACUGGGCCUUCCUGCCUACAACUGGUGGGGUGAGGCAUUGCACGGUGUAGCAGGAGCCCCGGGAAUCAACUUCACCGAACCAUUCACGAACGCCACCUCUUUCCCCAUGCCAUUGCUCAUGUCAGCUGCAUUCGACGACAACCUCAUCUUCAAGAUCGCUAACAUCAUUGGAAAUGAGGCCCGGGCAUUCGGCAAUGGAGGUGUGGCCCCAGUCGACUACUGGACUCCAGACAUCAACCCGUUCCGUGAUCCUCGCUGGGGUCGAGGCUCGGAGACGCCAGGCGAAGACAUUUUGCGCAUCAAGGGCUACACAAAGAGUCUGCUCGCUGGACUAGAGGGCGAUCAAGCUCAGAGGAAGAUCAUCGCGACAUGCAAGCACUACGUUGGCUACGACAUGGAGGCUUGGGGCGGCGUCGAUCGCCACAACUUUGACGCCAAAAUCACAAUGCAGGAUCUUGCGGAGUACUACAUGCCGCCUUUCCAGCAAUGCGCGCGAGACUCCAAAGUCGGCUCGUUCAUGUGCUCGUACAACGCUGUCAACGGGGUCCCUACAUGCGCCGAUACGUACGUUCUACAAACCAUCUUGCGCGACCACUGGAACUGGACAGAAAGCAACAACUACAUCACCAGUGAUUGUGAGGCUGUCGCUGACAUUUCCGAGAACCACAACUAUACAGAUACGCUCGCCGAAGGUACAGCAGUCGCCUUCAUCGCCGGCAUGGACAACAGCUGCGAGUACGAAGGAUCUUCCGAUAUCCCUGGAGCUUGGAGCCAAGGAAUUUUGAACGUCACCGUUAUUGACAGAGCGCUCACGCGGCAGUACGAGGGUCUCGUUCGUGCUGGCUACUUUGACGGUGCUGGAGCUAUAUACGCAGACCUAGGAAUCGACGAUGUGAACACACCGGAGGCACAGCAACUUUCUCUCCAAGUCGCAUCAGAAGGUCUCGUUAUGCUGAAGAAUGACCACACGCUCCCUCUUGCUCUCUCCAAUGGGUCUAAUGUCGCCAUGAUCGGAUUCUGGGCCAAUGACUCGUCGAAGUUGUCCGGUAUCUACAGCGGCCCUGCUCCCUACCUGCGCACCCCCGUGUGGGCUGGUGAACAGCUCGGAUUGAACAUGUCUAUUGCCACUGGCCCUGUUUUGCAGAACUCCAGUGCCCGCGAUAACUGGACAACGAACGCGCUCAAUGCGGCAGAAGGAUCUGACUACAUCAUCUACUUUGGUGGUCUAGACACUUCAGCAGCGGCAGAAGGUUUCGACCGUACCGACAUCAGCUGGCCUAGCGCGCAAGUCGAACUCAUCACCAAGCUUGCUAAGCUUGGGAAGCCGCUUGUGGUUGUUGUAUUAGGCGACAUGGUCGACAACUCUCCCCUACUGUCGAUGGAAGGCGUCAACUCCGUCAUCUGGGCUAACUGGCCUGGUCAAGAUGGUGGAUUGGCCGUCAUGGAUGUCAUCACUGGCGCGCAUGCCGUCGCUGGUCGUCUGCCAAUCACGCAAUACCCCGCAAGCUACACCAAUCUCUCGAUGCUGAACAUGAACCUUCGUCCUGGUGCCAUCAGUCCAGGUCGCACCUACCGCUGGUACAACCAAUCGGUACAGCCCUUCGGGUUUGGCUUGCACUACACCACAUUUGCGGCGAACUUCAGCAGCAGCGAAGGACUCACCUACAACAUCCAGGAUAUCAUGAGCGAUUGUUCGCAGAUGUAUCCCGAUCUGUGCGGCGUUGCGCCACUGGAGAUUGGGGUGACCAAUAAGGGUAACAUGACUUCCGAUUUCGUCGCUCUAGCUUUCAUCAAGGGUGAGGCUGGACCAAAGCCAUACCCGCUCAAGACACUGGUCUCAUAUGCGCGAUUGAGGGACAUUGCUGGUAGUCAGACGAAGAUGGCAUCACUGUCCCUCACGCUUGGAACGCUGGCGCGUGUUGACCAGAUGGGCAACACGGUCGUAUAUCCGGGAGAGUACACCCUGCUUCUUGACGAACCUACGCAGGCUGAGCUGAAGCUCACGAUCACGGGUGAGGAGACCGUGCUGGACAAGUGGCCUCAGCCGCCAGCAUCUUCGUAG